AAAAGAUAACUGCUGUGGAAUGAACAGGAAAGAAUCAUCCAGUCUCAUCUUCUUCUUUUCCUUUUUCCAAUUCGUCUCAAAGUCUCAAACUUUUGGCUCUGGUAGGAAUGGAUGUUUGCAAAUUCAAUUUGAGUACUCUUAUAUGAAGUAACCUCUCUCUCUCUCUCUCCUUCAAAGUGAAACCGGCUUAGCACAUCAGAAGCUAAUAGUUAUGGCGACUUCUCAUAUGCUUCUUCAGACUUCCGGGUCCCCCUCUGUCAGCUCUGCCAAGACUCACCGUCCAACAUUCCAUGCCCUUGAAUCCUGCUCAACAAUGGCUGAGCUCAAGCAAUUUCAUUCACAAAUGAUUCGACUUGGCCUUUCCGCCGAUAAUGAUGCCAUGGGCAGAAUAGUUAAGUUCUCUGCAAUUUCUGAAUUUGGGGACCUAAAUUAUGCCCAGAAAGUGUUCGAUGGAAUUCCCCAACCAGAUGCCUUCAUCUACAACACUAUCAUUAGAGGUUACUUGCAAGCCCAACUUACCAGAAACUGCAUUCAAUUGUAUUGUCAGAUGUUGCAAGCAUCCGUAAUUCCUAACCAAUUCACCUUCCCCCCUGUUGUCAGAUCUUGUUGUGUCCACAAUGCAGUUGAAGAAGGAAAACAAGUUCAUGCCCAUAUCUUGAAAUUCGGGUUCUUGGAGGAUAGCUUCUCGCAGAACAAUUUGAUACAUAUGUAUGUGAACUUUCACCGCUUGGAGGAAGCACAAAGAGUAUUUGAUAAGAUGCCUCGACGAGAUAUCGUCUCAUGGACUACCUUGAUUUCUGGAUUUUCUCAAUUGGGAUUUGUUGAUGAUGCUUAUAAAAUUUUUGAGCAGAUGCCUGAGAAACACUCUGUAUCUUGGAAUGCCAUGAUUGCUGCAUAUGUCCAAAGCAACCGCUUCAAUGAGGCAUUUGCUCUGUUUGAGAGGAUGCAGGCAGAGAAAGUGGAGUUGGAUAAGUUUGUGGCUGCAAGUAUGCUGUCAGCUUGUACAGGUUUUGGCGCUCUAGAGCAAGGCGAAUGGAUACAUCAGUUUAUUAAGAGUCGAGGGAUCGAAUUGGACCCAAAACUUGCUACAACAAUCAUUGACAUGUACUGUAAAUGUGGUUGCUUGGAAAAGGCUUUUGAAGUCUUUAAUGGGUUGUCCAACAAAAGCAUUUCUUCAUGGAACUGUAUGAUAGGAGGCUUAGCAAUGCAUGGGAAAGGAAAUGCUGCUAUCAAGCUCUUCAAGGAGAUGGAGAGGAAGAAUUUAGUCCCAGACAACAUUACUUUUCUGAAUAUUCUUAGUGCUUGUGCCCAUGCAGGGUUGGUCGAAGAAGGUCGUCAUUAUUUCCAUUACAUGACUGAAGUAUAUGGACUUGAGCCCAAGAUGGAGCAUUUUGGUUGCAUGGUAGAUUUGCUUGGUAGAGCUGGCUUGUUACAAGAGGCAAAAAAGCUUAUAGAUGAGAUGCCUGUUAGUCCUGAUGCAGGUGUCUUGGGUGCCCUUCUUGGAGCUUGUAAGAUCCAUGGUGAAAUUGAUUUGGGGGAAGAGAUAGGUAAACAGGUUAUUGAGCUAGAGACUCAUAAUAGCGGGCGCUAUGUGUUAUUGGCUAAUCUGUAUGCAAAUGUAGGUAGAUGGGAUGAUGUUGCAAGCAUUAGGAAAUUGAUGAAUGAUAGAGGCGUGAAAAAGGUCCCUGGAAUUUCUAUGAUUGAACUAGAAGGUGCUGUCAAUGAAUUCAUUGCUGGAGGAAGGACUCAUCCUCAUGCUAAACAGAUCUAUGCCAAAGUAGAUGAAAUGCUGGAAAGCAUAAGGUCUGCAGGUUAUGUGCCUGACAUUGAAGGAGUAUUGCAUGAUAUUGAUGAGGAAGAAAAGGAGAACCCACUUUACUACCACAGUGAGAAGCUUGCUAUUGCAUAUGGUUUCUUGAAGACCAAACCUGGAGCAACAAUCAGGGUCUCAAAGAACUUAAGAGUGUGCAAAGAUUGUCACCAAGCAAGUAAGCUCAUUUCAAAGGUUUUUAAUCGUGAGAUAGUUGUCAGGGAUAGGAAUCGGUUCCACCAUUUCAGGAAUGGGGAAUGUUCUUGCAAUGAUUAUUGGUGAUAGCAAAUGGGUAAUUUAUCUGCUCUUUGACAAAUACUGUAACAUGACACAAGCUCCAAUUUUCAAGUGUGAAAAUUGUCUGCAGCCGCUGCACCGGUGCCGUGAGCAACGGGUGGCUAGGAGCCCCUUGGGAUGUAAACCCAGAUGCUCUUAGCCAUCCGAUGUUCACUGCACUUCACCGCUCGCUACAGAGGAUGUGGACUCGAUUUUCAAGCUUUGUAUUGUUUAUUUAUCAAUGAAUAAUUAUCUAUCUGAUACUAGUCUGCAAACUCUUUCUAAUGAGCCAAAGUCUAUCAUCACCUUAGACAAUUUUUGCAAGAUAUUGAAAUAGUGACUCAGUAAGUGCAACCUUUGUGUGAAAGUUCUGUAAACCAAUAGAAAAUCAACUAGAUCCAAAUCUAUAAAACAAAGUACUUUAUCUCA